AUGCUGGCCUCAGCCUGCCUAUCCGCUUCCUUCUUCUCCUCCCCCUCCACCGCCGCCACACCAAACGGAUUCCUCGUCCCCUCCGGCAACCCCGGCGGCCGCCGUCCACCGCGGCGGCACAUGUCAGAUAACCCGCGUGGUGGGCUGGUGGCCGCGCUGACCUGCUUCCUCUACUACCUCGUCGCGGUCGCGGCCGCCGGCCCCGCCAAAAGCCUGCUCGGCGUCGCCAGGGCCGCCUUCGCGCUCGCCGCCAACGCGCCGUGCCUCAGGUUCAUCAAGGACCACAAGUCGGCACACCUGUCGGAGUUUCGGGAGGCGAGCUUCGGGCACGGCCGGCUGAGGAUCGUCAACGAGACGAGCGCCGUGUGGACGUGGCACCGCAACGACGACGCGUUCGCCACCGUUCGCGACGAGGUCUGGCUGGAGAGCUUGGCCGCUGCAAAUCCAGGCCUGGCACCACCCACCGGUCGUGACAUUGAUGAGCUCUAG